AUAACUAUAAUAAAUAUUUCAUGAACAACCCUCUAAUUCAUGACCUGUUGCCCUGACAGGGAUAUCUACAUGUAGCCUCAUCAUUUGGAUAACAGCGUUAAUCAAAGUGAAAGAUGUUGCAAAUCUAAGUGCUGAUUAAGGGUUAAACUGUGUCGAACACCCCACUGGGAUCGGAUUCGGAGCCGCAUGAAGUAGCCGCUGGCGGCGCCGCAGACCUUUUCGUUCUUUUCGUUUGUUGUCACUCUGAACUUCAAAGGUGUUUCUGGUGACGUCACACAUUCGGGCACGGAGUCGCUCGGCGGACGUGAGGCUCACGCGCGUUCCCUCCGCCCCGUGGGUGGUACUGUCCCGUGUCCGCAGCCCGCUGCGUCACGCCGACAGCGGCGGAAAAGUUCUCGCGUCUCGUAACCACGCAGUUCGCGGAGCAUCGCGGCGGCUGUCCGCGGACACGCGUGUGAGUAUUCCCUGUUUCUUGACUCCGUGUACUGUACUCGGGACAAAUGCAGGUGGGCGCGUCCUCCUCUGUCGCUGGCUCACCUGUCCAGGUAACCAACACCUGUAAACACGCAGGGUGUCGUGCUCACUGCACGGCGUUUGUUCUUUAGUUCCACCCUACCAAGGUACAGUGUUAUCUAUUAUUGUCCCCUUUUUAUACAUUAAAGAAGGACUUUGGUCGGCAACUCAUUCAUUCUUUCUGACAUUAACUUCUUACCCCCCCCCUCGCAGCAUGGUGGAUUACAGUGUUUCGGAUGCAGCAGGAGCGCUGCUCCCAAACAGAGGGGGCUCUUUUAAAAUGCAGGAGCUGGCCUUAAGUGAGUUGCUGGAGUGCCCCCUGUGCUACAAGCCGCUGGACGCGUCGGCCAAGGUGCUGCCCUGCCAGCACACCUUCUGCGUGUCCUGCCUGCGGGGGCAGGAGGGAGCCCACCCCCAGCUGCUCUGCCCCGAGUGUGGUGCUCCUGCCCCGGCCAGGACCGUGGAGGAGCUUCCUGCAAACCUCCUGUUGGUGCGGAUCCUGGGGGGGCUCCGGGGCUCACCGGGGGGGCCCGGCGGCGGGGACAGGCAGGCGUCCCGCUACGUGGUGCCCUUGGCCCUGGAGGGCUUGGAGGUCAGGCAGGGUCAUCAGCAGCUCGGGAGUCAACACAGGGAGAAGCAAGGGCGCAAUGAGCUCGCUCUCAGAGCUUCAGUGCGAAACCAACGCGGUGAUGCUCCAGCAGAACAGGCGCCAGCCUCCAGCGGCUCAGGUGCGCCCGCCGCCGGGGGGGGGGCGCCGCCGCAGGCCGCCAGCCAGAUGCCUCCGAUGCAGUCCCACCCUCCGGCCCUCUGCAGGGCGCUGCACGACUUCAACCCCGAAGAGAGCAACCUGGAAGACAGCAAAUAUGGUCUCAGCUUCUCCAAGGGAGACGUCCUCACCUUCAUCAGACGGGUGGAUGAACACUGGGUCGAAGCCAAGCGAGGGGAGAAAGUUGGAAUUUGCCCUCUGCAGUAUGUGGAGCCGAACUCAGUGGCUGCCAAACUGCUAGAGGGAAAGAACCAGAGGGGGAGUGACUCAGCAGACUUUCACCAUCGGACCGGGAGCGGGGGCAAAGACAAGGCCACUGACGUGUCCAGUCGGACCAGCCGUUACGGAGUCCCUCCGUUCCCGUCGCCCGCCAUCGACGCUUUGCCGCUCUCGGGCCAGCGGAGGCACCCGGCGGCGGCCACCAGCAUCCGGUUUCACGCUGCUGCCAAAGGAGAGGCGUCCGACGCCGGCGCCGCUGACGGCCCCGGCCGCCGGGGUCAGCCGCACCGACUCUCCGGGUCUCUGGCUGCCCGCGGCCCCCCUCGUCCCCCCAGAGUGAGCUCCCAGCGGACGAGACGGCACUCGGACUCUACACACAGGCCUCUACAGAGUGAGAAGAAGAUGACCAGUGGCGCUCCACCCGCCAUCUCUAUGGCUCUGGUGAACCCCCAAAUGUCCUCGACCUCUACAGACAGCAAAAACUCCUCCACACAGCAGCUCUCCAUCAGCGUGUGUGCCGUCUUGUACUCCUACAAACCACGGCGGCCCGAGGAGCUGGAGCUGAGGAAAGGAGAGAUGGUGGGAGUUUACGGAAAGUUCAAGGAGGGCUGGCUGCGUGGGUUAUCGCUCAAAACGGGCAAAGUGGGCAUUCUGCCCGGCAACUACAUCACGCCGGUGCUCAGAACCUCGGCACAACUCCUGGAGACCAAAGUGGCCAACGCGUCCUCGCAGCACAACGCGGUAGCUGGAAAGAAAGCCCCUGGGGUCAAGGAUCCCACCGUGGUCCUUGCCCUUGAUAGGGUGAACUCUGAUGGAGCGGCACACUGGACAGGACAGGUGCCGCCUGUGCCGAAUGGAGCGCAGCACGCCACGCCAUCCACCGCUGCUGGUAAACCGGCCUUUUGUGAGGGUUCACAGGGUUGGGACACUGUGAGGCGCAUCUUUAACCCUCAUAGAGGGUCAAACUACUUCUCCCAUCCGUCCAAUCUGAACGUCCCGUCCAAGUUGCACCACUUUUCACACGCUCAGGCGUCCGGCUACUCGCCGGCGCUGCAGAGGAAGAAAAAGAGCAUCCUCCUGACUAACUCCGGGCCACCGAGGGGCUGGGUGACUGAGGCGGCAGCGCCCUCUAGUGCUGCCACCUUUAAGGACAGGGGCUUCCCUGCUUCCCAUGAGCACGAGAGGCAGCCCAACGGGCCUCCCUCAAUUCUAGUCAGGCCCAAUGCACACAAGAACAAUGCCGACAAGCCGGCAAAGUCAGUGCGGUUCUUCACCGAUGAAGACUCGCCUCUCCCGAGGCGUCGAACCUCCUCGUGGUCGUCAGGGAAUCAAGUUCCUUUCAACUGCGGCCCCGGCCCCCCUCCGUUAGAAGUGUGGGCCCCGUCGCUCACGCUGGGAAGAGACGGACCGGGGAUCAUCCUCAAAGAAGGAAAAGCUCCUGUUCUUAGGAGAGGCCUGGAAAAUACCAUCUCCGAUUCUAAUUCCAAUCCACAGAGAACAAUAUUGUCACAGCCGCUGCUUUCAGCCGCGCCCGCUCCGUUCGACCCCAGCAGACACAGAGUGACCACGACGCAUUUAGCUCAAACGGACUCAGAGCUCAGUCUGCUUCAAGGAGACGUUGUCCUUGUCCACAGGCCUCGACCUGAUGGACGGGUUCUGGUUACUCAGGAGAGCAGUGGGCGGACGGGCUUAUUCCACAGCACUGUUCUUCAAGUCCUCGAGAGACUCAGCUGACUGUGUGGUUCCGUGGUUCCGUAUGUGUCUGUAUUUCAUGUGUCCAACUGCCAAAUGAGAUGACUGACCUGAACAACAAGAUGCAGGUCCAAGGGUUAAUGUUGCCAUUGACAAUCCUUUGAAGGAAGUGUUUAUUUUUUAUGAAAGUAUGGUUAAAUUCUCCAGAGAUAUAUUGUGUGUUCUUAAACGUAUGUGCAUGUUUGUUUCACAUGUACUAUUAUAAGAUUUUGCACAAAAAUCCCAUCUGACUGUUCCUUGUUCAAUAUCCAUGUUAAACACAUUGGUGAGUGCCUUUGUCAAAACUCACAAAGAAAAAACUAUAUUUAAAUAUAUUUAGAGAAAUAAUUAUGUUAAAUAUAUGUACUGCUUUAGUGGUAAUAAAGUACACGUCCAUAAUCUUUUUAGUUUGGUGUCUAAAUGGGGGAAUUGCCUGUAUGCCAAAUGACUGCCUCUUUUACCUCAACCGCAAUACAAGAUAAAUAAGUAGAACAAAAGUAUAGGCCCUGCUGUUCUUGAACCAUUUCACCCUUAUGUUCUACAUGUGUGGCUGCACUAGUUCACUGUGUGUCAACUGGUUUCCGCUGAUAUAAAGACCUACGACAGUGACUGGGAUGAAUCACAUAUUUGGAUGAGGAUACCUGAUAUUUUGUUAUCAAAGAAUUUGUACUGAGUGGGACCUAUUUCAGUUGAAUAAAGGAGCUUUACUGUUACAUUACUGUUUCUAAAU